AUGGAUCCCAUCACGGCUCUUUCCGUUGCAGCGGCAGCAGGCCAGUUCGUAUCGUUCGCCUACGAUCUCGCCAAGGGCACUGCGGAACGAUACCGAUCCAUUGAAGGCACCGAAAAGCGCUUUGUCGCAGUGGCCGCAGACGCAAAGCACAUCAACGAACUUCUCGAUGCCCUUUCCACCCCAAACGACGUCACCGGAGGCACUGGAUCGUUCGUGAAAUCUCGUACCACGUCGACUCUCACUACAAAGCUCGAUGCCAUCGUACAAGAAUGCCACGCGGUCGGUGUGGAGCUCCAAACACUUCUCGACUCGACAGCCGUGCAACCUUCUGAGAAACGACGAAUGGUGCAGAGCGUGCGGGUCACAUUUCGGUCUAUGCGAAAAGACUCAGAGAUAUCUCGACUCCACGAGCGGCUGCGCUAUUUACGGGAACAUGUCGAUAGCUGCCUCAUCAUGCUCCUCUGUUUGGCGGCCUAG